AUGGAUUUCGAAGCUGUUCUUACCCUCAAGACGCCUGGAGACGAUCUGAACGACCAGGGACUGUUUAGACCGCGCUCCAUGAGGCACAGACGGCUAGAUAAGGAGCCGGCAGCAGACAACGCUGUUUUUUUCUCGAAAAGCGACACUUUCAAGUCGUUUUCGGUGAACGACCCGAUGGAGAACUAUUUCAGCGUGGCGGAGCGCAAAAACGACAACUUCUUCACAAGCAACGACGACUCGUUCACCGAGCAGUCGAUCACGCCGACAAAGCAUAACGUGACGUCGCGGUUCGGCACCACCACGCGGGUCCCAAGCCUCAGGUACGACCUGGCGCCUCCGCGGUUUUCGGGCCUGUUUGAGACCCCGAAGCCGGAGACGCCGUUCCAGCCGGCGACGAAAAACACGCGCGCCUCGUCGUUUGCUGUGCAGUCGUUCCCGUUCAUGGAGCGCGUGCCUAUGCGGCCGACGUUGCAAUCGACGGUGCAAUCGACGCAGCCGGUGGCAGAAUCGCCGCGUCCGGCGUCCAAACGAGAGCUCUCCGCCCAUCUCGAAAGCAGCAAGAGCGUCCGGCACCGGCGAAAGAGCGUGUCGCUGUUCCUGACACAGCUAUUUGACAAAUUCUCGCAGAAAAGAGACGAGGCUCCCAAGAGCGCGCGGUCGAUUAAGUCCGUCAAGAGCUACAAUUUCCUCAACCAGAGCGCAGACAUUUACAACGAAAUCAUCGACGACUACAACGACGCCUCGAACCUCGAGCGCGGCCGGUCGAUGGUCAGAAGACCCGCAAAGGACAGAAGCGUGUCUGUGUCGGGUCGCGGGAGGAGAGACGUCUCGCUGGGGUCGGAGCUGCGGUCGUUCGACCACAGCUACUACCGGCAGGAGAAAGAGCUGCUGCCAACGGCGACGAUCUUCGACGAGGCGACGAGCACGCCGUUUUUCAAGGACAUGGCGGAGCAGGACGACGCGGCAAGCUCUCUGAACACGAAAACAACGACUCUGCGCCGGCUGCGGGCCGACUUGGACCGGUGGUGGAGACGCAAGACGAUGAGUCGGUCACGCAGAAGAGAAAACCUGGAGUUUGCAGCCGGGAUCCAACCGGGCACCGCAGAGCUCGUGUGUGAGAAAAAGGAGUUUGAGGCCACCAGCACGCCGCUCAAGGAUAAAGAACAACAGGAGGUGUUGGUGGCGCGGGACAAGUUCGGCCGGAUGGUGCGGAACGUGAUAGAGACACGGAUCCUGGUGGUGGAGAACGAGCCCAACAUGGACGAGAUACUGAAGCAGGGCAGCUCUGCACCGGAGUGGCUGAAGGCGGAUCUAUUGAACCUGAUCCAGAAUGGCAACCUGCGCAUUUUCAAGGAAAAGAGCGGCCGCAACUUCAUCACGGUGGAGGUCACCGAGCUUCCUGAGCUUUAG